CUGGUAAUGCUAGAGAAACAGUCGUGUUAUUAUAGGAGAGGAAGAUAGCAGCUCAGUGAUCCAAAAGAGGAAGAGAAGUAGGAGAAGUGUACACACCAAUGGCUUCUCUAUCUUCCAUCUCCGCCAUCUCCAAACCCCUCUCCCCAAAUCCCAAAGCUGUCACCUAUAAGCCUCGCUUCUCCAUCUCAUGCUUUUCUUCCUUACCCCAACAACAACAACAAGGAGAAGACUCCAUCUCUUCCUCUCUCAAGACCUUCUCCGCGGCCUUGGCGCUCUCUUCUCUCCUCGUCUCCUCCGCCGCCGCCCCUCCUCCGGCGGCCGCCGACAUCUCCGGCCUCACCCCCUGCAAGGAGUCCAAGGCCUUCGCGAAGCGAGAGAAGCAGUCCAUCAAGAAGCUGGAGGCCUCCCUGAACAAGUACGCGCCCGACUCGGCGCCGGCGCUCGCCAUCAAGGCCUCCAUCGAGAAGACCAAGCGCCGGUUCGAGAACUACGGCAAGUUCGGCCUCCUGUGCGGCUCCGACGGUCUGCCCCACCUCAUCGUCAACGGCGACCAGCGGCACUGGGGCGAGUUCAUCACCCCGGGCCUGUUCUUCCUCUACAUCGCCGGCUGGAUCGGGUGGGUCGGACGGAGCUACCUGAUCGCCAUCCGGGACGACAAGAAGCCCACCAUGAAGGAGAUCAUCAUCGACGUCCCGCUCGCCAGCCGGCUGUUGUGGAGGGGCUUCAUCUGGCCAGUGGCGGCGUACAGGGAGCUCGUCAACGGGGAGCUCGUAGCCAAAGACGUGUGAUCCGCCGGUGCAGUUGAGAGGAAACGCCGCUAUCUAUCAAAUUAGCUUCAAACAGUGUCAUAUCAGCUUCUAAUUUGCUUGUGAAGUCUACCUGUGAUUUUUGCAUAUUGCAUCUGAACAUUAUACAUCAAGAAGGUCACUGAUCACAUAGUUUCUUUCCUCCUCCAUGUCGCAGGUUGGUGCAAGAAAAAGAGGGGAGGAGCUCAGUUUGGGUUCAUAACACAAAAUCUAUAUAUGCUGAGUGUUCUGUAUUCAAGACUUGUAUAUGUAUUUGUAAUUGAUGUUUGAACUUGUCAUUCUUUUGAAAGCCAAUUAAUUCAUGUUUGAGACA